AGCGAGUACGAGGAACUGUGCGAGCCAGAGCAGUUUGGCAUUGUGGUGAGUAGGUUUACAUAUUACACCAUAGCACCUAGCUAAAGCCCUUCAGGGAGAAGAUGCUGCCUCACACACACCAACACUGACACAUACACAAACACACUCACCCCUUUCCAGACUUUGACUCUCACAUUCCCACACACCUACCUACAUACCAUAAAGUGGAAAGGCAUUUCAAUUGGUUAUUGAUUUGGGUAGCCCGCCCUCCCUCCCUCCCUCACAUUCCAGUGCAUCACACACUGACGAUUCUCAUAGCCCCCCCCCCCCCCCCCCCCCCCUCCUUUUUCAACCCUGUUCCCUUUGUCACACAGCAGACCCCCAUUGUUUCCUUUCUUACUACUUCACACACCAUUACAUGUCCAGCUCUUCAUUAGGAAGUUUGGUGAAGGGCCAAGACUGUAGGGAGGGCACCAUUGAGAAAUACAUUUGGGGUUAGAAAAAAUACAGCCUUGAGGCUUUCUUCAGGCUCAGACUUAUUCAAUAUCUGCUGUAAUAUAAAAUCAAAAGAGUGGAAAUAUAAAGGUACUUUUUUUGUGACAGGUCAAAUGUGGCAGUCUGCUCUUUGACUGGCAGAAGCCAUGAUUUUAAUAAAUAAUAAUGUGAGAAAUUUGAUUUCAAUAUAGUAGCUUAAUUAGUGUCCUUAUGGUGUUAAAAUGACACUGUCAUUCCAGGUCUCAACCAAUUCCAUAUUUUGUCAUAAACUUUCAAUAUUUCCCAGUGAUAGAAUCAUAGCAUCAGGCUUUGGGUUCUAUGUAAUAAAGUUAGUGCACUCUACUUCGUAGUGAAGUCAGGACAUCUCAAUGAUACACUAUGGUUGCCUCAAGUGUUAGAUGCAGUUGAUGUUGAGGUUAUACUUUAGCCUAGUGUUGUAUUUUUACACUUUCUACAGUGUCAUAUAGAAGGGAGUCUAUAAAGUUUACAUUGACAUUUUUUAUACCACAUUUAUUUAUCCAGAGCACAUUAUCAAAGUGCAUUCCAGAGAACUUUGUAUGUUUAGCUAUAUCUUUAUACAGGUAACUGCCAACAUAAUGGAUACACUUGAGUAAAUUAGGUAUACAAAGUAUAUUAAAAGUCAUUGCUUCCACACAGGUGUGGUUCCUGAGUUAAUUAAGCAAGUAACAUCCCCAUUAUCACGACUCAGGAUAUGACCCAGAUGCAGACGCAGGAGGCGGAUGGUUCAGUUCUCUGAUAAUGUAUUAUAACACGGGGAGCAGGCAAAGGGCAGGGUGAGGACAGGCAGAGGUUCAUAACCAGAUCAGAGUCUGACAGGUACAGGACGGCAGACAGGCUCAGGAUCUUCCAGGUAUGGCGACAGCGGCGGACAAACAUCUGGGCCGAGGUUAUGCUGAUCUCUUGGUCAUGGAAGAGUGGGGGCUGAUAUCCAAUGGAACACUUGAAAGGCGAGAGACCAGUGGCCAAGCAGGGUAGGGUGUUGCGGGCGUAUUCAACCCACACGAGUUGCUGGCUCCAGGUGGUGGAGUUGGCGGAGACGAGGCAACGAAGAGCAGUCUCCAGAUCCUGAUUGGCUCGCUCCGACUGGCUGUUAAACUGGGGUUGAAAACCGGAGGACAGGCUGGCCGACACCCAAUGAGGGUGUAGAACACUUUCCAGUACUGGGACAAGAACUGAGGACCGCGAUCGGAGACCAUGUCCACUGGAAGUCCAUGGAUCCGGAAGACGUGUUGCACCAUGAGCUGGGCCGUUUCCUUGGCUGAGGGUAACUUAGGAAGGGGAAUGAAAUGGGCGGCUUUGGAAAACCUAUCUACCACUGUAAGGAUAGUGGUGUUGCCAUCUGAUGGAGGGAGACCAGGGAUGAAGUCCAGGGAUAUAUGAGUGCAGCCGCUAGACAAGAGGUAGGGAGGAUGUCUCGGGGUUUGACGGUGUGGCAGUGGGGCUAUAGAGGUGUGAGAGCACAUCCGACUUCACAUUCUUGGACCCCGAGCGGUAGGAGAUGGUAAAGUUGAACCGAGUGAAAAGCAGGGCCCAUCGAGGUUUCCUAGAGUUGAGGUGCUUGACGAUGUGGAUAUAUUACAGGUUAUUGUGAUCAGUCCACACUAGGAAUGGAUAUUCCGCCCCCUCUAAACAGUGCCUCCACUCCUCAAACGCCAUAUUGACUGUGAGUAGUUCUUGAUUUCCCACGUCAUAGUUCAUCUCAGCGGGGUUAAGACGAUGGGAAAGGAAAGUGCAGGGAUGCAGCUUUUGGUCCUGUGCAGAACACUGGGACAGGACGGCCCCCACUCCAACGUCCAAGGCGUCGACCUCCACCAUGAACUGACGGGACGGGAUGAGAGCUGUAGUGAACCGAUGCUUGAGGUCCGAGAAUGCCCGGUCAGCUGCUGGAGACCAUGUGAAUGGAACGUUGGGAGAGGUGAGUCCUGAGAGGGGAGAAGCCAGGGUGCUGUAACCCCGGAUGAAGUAGCGGUAGAAAUGAGCAAACCCCAGGAAACAUUGCAACUGCACUCUGGAUGUGGGUUGAGGCCAAUCCACCACCGCUCUCACCUUGUUAGAGUCCAUAUUUCCAUCAGCAAUGACAUACCCUAGGAAGGAGAUGGUGGAGUGAUGGAAUUCACAUUGUCUGCUUUAACAAAAAGCUGUUCUCCAGAAGAUGCUAAAGGACGUGUCGGACUUGGAGGACGUGUUCUUGAGCUGACCGGAAAAAAUGAGGAUAUUGUCAAUGUAGACAAACACAAACCGGUUCAACAUAUCAUGGAGCACAUUGUUGACCAGGGCCUGGAACACUGCAUGAGCAUUGGUCAGUCGGAAUGGCAUAACAAGGUACUCGUAGUGCCCGCUAGCCGUGUUAAAAGCUGUCUUCCAUUUGUCUCCUUCCUGUAUCGGAGCCAGAUGGUAGGUGUUCCGAAGAUCCAACUUUGAGAAGAUUGUCACCCCCUGGAGAGGCUCGAAAGCCAAGGAGAUGAGUGGUAGAGGGUAACACUUUUUAACCGUGAUGUCAUUAAGGCCCCGGUAGUCGAUGUCCUUCUUAUCCACAAAGAAUAACCCUGUGCUUGUGGGGGAGGCUGAUGGACGAAUACACCCGGCAGCAAGAGAGUCCUCAAUGUACCUUUACAUGGUCUUGGUCUCCUAGACCCGACAAGAAAUAAAGCCGCCCCAGCGGUGGUGUGGUUCCUGGGAGAAGGUCAAUAGUGCAGUCGUAGGGUCGAUGCGGAGGGAGAUAUGUAGUGCAGGCCUUAUUGACAACCUCCCGGAGGUCCUGGUACUCCGCGGGAAUGGCUUCUAUCAAGCCCGCAGGAAGCCAUCCCAGGGCAGGCUGCGCUGACUUCAGACCAUUUGCGUGGCAGAACGGGCUCCAACCCAUGAUAGAACCAGUAGCCCAGUCGAUCAGAUGAUUGUGCCUCUGGAGCCAUGAAAACCCCAUAACCACGAGUGCAUAAGGGGGUUCAAUGAGCAGGACUCAGUGUGAUUACCUGACACUAUCAGAUUAUGGGAAUCAUAUUGUGGGUCACUCUGCCAAUAGAGCACCCAUCCAGCACUCUGAAGUCCAUGGGAAUGGAGAGGGGUUGUGUGGGGAUUCCCAGCUCCAACACCAGGGUAGUGUCCGUAAAGCUCUUGUCGGACCCAUAGUCAAUGAGCACCCAAAUACAUUUUGGACUGGUCACCCCACAGCAGGAUAGCAUGGAGAGGGGUACGAUUAAUGGAAGAUGGGAAACUCCCCGUACGGCUCACCAGCGUACUCAUUCCUACUUGAUGUGUCUGGUCUUUUAAUGGACCGGUAGAUAUGUAAUGUCCUGUUGUUCCACAAUACAGACAGCUCUUGGUGCUCAGUCUGCAUAAGUGUUCAGAAGGAGAAAAUCUGGCCCUGCCCAGUUGCAUGGGCUCCGGAGAAAGUGAGUUGACAGCCCUUGGUGAUUCCCGAGGGAACUCAGGUGACAUCGGAUUAUCCCGGAGACUUACGGGAUUCCUCGGAGGCGAGGUGGGCGCCGUGGACUAGUGUGCCCGGGAGAAGAACUCCUCUCCUUCCUACGUUCCCGUAGCCGCCCAUCGAUCCGUAUGGUCAAGGCUAUGAGAGAGUCGAGAUCCAUAGGAAGCUCCCGGGCUGCAAGCUCGUCUUUGACAACCUCCGGUAAUCCAUGCAGGAACGUGUCGAACAGAGCUUCCGGGUUCCAGGCACUCUCGGCGGCCAAAGUGUGAAAAUCUACCACAUAGUCUGCCACACUAUGGGAGUCUUGACACAGUUGCAGUAGCUUACAAACGUCCUCUCUCCCGGACAACGGAGAAUCGAACACCUUUCUAACCUCCACCACAAACUCCUCCAGACUGAGGCAAACGGUGGAUUGUUGCUCACACACCGUCGUAGCCCGGGCGAGAGCCCUCGCGGACAUCAGUGUUAUCAAGUAUGCUAUCCUCGAGCGAUCCGAGAGAAAUGAAGAGGGCUGGAACUCAAAGAUGAGAGACGGGAAAUAAAUGCCUGGCAGGAUCAUGGAUCUCCAGCGUAGCACUCUGGAGGAGGUAAGCGGGGUUCUCGGGAAGCCGGGGUAGAUUGAAGAGAAGUGCCGCUGGUAGCGGGGUAACUGACAGUCUGGGGGGUUACUGUUGUGCUGCUUAGUAGAUAACCCGCGUAAUUGCUCCAGCAACGCAGUGAAAGUGUGGUCAUGGCAUUCCGGUAAGGUCUGGAGUCUUUCCAUACAGUCUUGAAGUACUACCUCAUGUCUACCAAUGGUGACUCCUUGGACAGAGACAGUGUUGCGGAGCUGGUCCGAGUCUGCUGGGUCAGUCAUGGCCAGUUUGUACUAUCACGACUCAGGAUAUGACCCAGAUGCAGACACAGGAGGCGGAUGGUUCAGUUCUCCGAUAAUUUAUUAUAACACGGGGAGCAGGCAAAGGGCAGGUCGAGGACAGGCAGAGGUUCAUAACCAAAUCAGAGUCUGACAUGUACAGGAUGGCAGGUAGGCUCAAGGUCAGGGCUGGCAGAAAGGUCAGAUCUGGAAAGUCUAGAAACAAAAAAUUAGAGAGCAGGGAAAAACAGGAAACACGCUGGGACGACCUGAAAAUACAAGACAAACUGGCAUGUAUAAAUACACAGGGGAUAAUGGGGAAAAUGGGAGACACCUGGUGGGGGGUGGAGACAAGCACAAGACAGGUAAAACAGAUCAGGGUAUGACAACCAGCAUGCUUAGGGUCACGAAUAGAAAUGCUGGGCAGGCCAUUAUUUUGGCCAUUAUUUUGGCUACCAUGGCUAUGCCCGUAUAGGAUGACAAUGCCCCCAUCCACAGGGCACGAGUGGUCACUGAAUGGUUUGAUGAGCAUGAAAAUUAUGUAAACCAUAUGCUAUGGCCAUCUCAGUCACUAGAUCUCAACCCAAUUGAACACUUAUGGGAGAUUCUGGAUCCUGAGACAGCAUUUUCCACCAUCACCAACAAACACCAAAUUAGGGAAUUUCUACACUUUUAGAAUCUAUGCCAAGAUGCAUUUCAGCUGUUCUGGCUUGUGGUGGCACAAUGCCCUAUUAAGACACUUUAUGUUGGUGUUUCCUUUAUUUUGGCAGUUACCUGUAUCUUCAGUUUGUUUAUACUCCUCUAGGUUGUUGCUGUAAAAGUCAGUCAACCUAAGGUGUUAAGAAUAAUACACUGCUCAAAUAAAUAAAGGGAACACUUAAACAACACAAUGCAACUCCAAGUCAAUCACACUUCUGUGAAAUCAAACUGUCGACUUAGGAAGCAACACUGAUUGACAAUACAUUUCACAUGUUGUUGUGCAAAUGGAAUAGACAACAGGUGGAAAUUAUAGGCAAUUAGCAAGACACCCCCAAUAAAGAAGUGGUUCUACAGGUGGUAACCACAGACCACUUCUCAGUUCCUAUGCUUCCUGGCUGAUGUUUUGGUCACUUUUGAAUACUGGCGGUGCUUUCACUCUAGUGGUAGCAUGAGACAGAGUCUACAACCCACACAAGUGGCUCAGGUAGUGCAGCUCAUCCAGGAUGGCAAAUCAAUGCGAGCUGUGGCAAGAAGGUUUGCUGGUUCUGUCAGCGUAGUGUCCAGAGCAUGGAGGCGCUACCAGGAGACAGGCCAGUACAUCAGGAGACGUGGAGGAGGUCGUAGGGGGGCAACAACCCAGCAGCAGGACCGCUACCUCCGCCUUUGUGCAAGGAGGAGCAGGAGGAGCACUGCCAGAGCCCUGCAAAAUGACCUCCAGCAGGCCACAAAUGUGCAUGUGUCUGCUCAAACGGUCAGAAACAGACUCCAUGAGGGUGGUAUGAGGGCCCGACGUCCACAGGUGGGGGUUGUGCUUACAGCCCAACACCGUGCAGGAUGUUUGGCAUUUGCCAGAGAACACCAAGAUUGGCAAAUUUGCCACUGGCGCCCUGUGCUCUUCACAGAUGAAAGCAGGUUCACACUGAGCACAUGUAACAGAGUCUGGAGACGCCGUGGAGAAUGUUCUGCUGCCUGCAACAUCCUCCAGCAUGACCGGUUUGGCGGUGGGUCAGUCAUGGUGUGGGGUGGCAUUUCUUUGGGGGGCCGCACAGCCCUCCAUGUGCUCGCCAGAGGUAGCCUGACUGCCAUUAGGUACCGAGAUGAGAUCCUCAGACCCCUUGUGAGACCAUAUGCUGGUGCUGUUGGCCCUGGGUUCCUCCUAAUGCAAGACAAUGCUAGACCUCAUGUGGCUGGAGUGUGUCAGCAGUUCCUGCAAGAGGAAGGCAUUGAUGCUAUGGACUGGCCCGCCCGUUCCCCAGAUCUUAAUCCAAUUGAGCACAUCUGGGACAUCAUGUCUCGCUCCAUCCACCAACGCCACGUUGCACCACAGACUUUCCAGGAGUUGGCGGAUUAUUUAGUCCAGGUCUGGGAGGAGAUCCCUCAGGAGACCAUCCGCCACCUCAUCAGGAGCAUGCCCAGGCAUUGUAGGGAGGUCAUACAGGCACGUGGAGGCCACACACACUACUGAGCCUCAUUUUGACUUGUUUUAAGGACAUUACAUCAAAGUUGGAUCAGCCUGUAGUAUGUUUUUCCACUUUAAUUUUGAGGGUGACUCCAAAUCCAGACCUCCAUGGGUUGAUAAAUUUGAUUUCCAUUGAUAAUUUUUGUGUGAUUUUGUUGUCAGCACAUUCAACUAUAUAAAGAAAAAAAUAUUUAAUAAGAUUAUUUAAUUCAUUCAGAUCAAGGAUGUGUUGUUUAAGUGUUCCCUUUAUUUUUUUGAGCAGUGUAUGAUGAUGUUGCAUUGGGGUAAAGGUAGACAAGCAACUCAGUUCGCACUCAUUCAGUACAAUUUUAUAUUUUGGGUGGUGUUUCUGUACCUGUGACUCUUUGAGGAUGUAAUGAAGCAAGGUGUGACAGUUCCCCCGUGGGAUCUAGCAUAGAGCUGUCGUGGUAAUAAACCGCUCCCGCCAGUAAAGCUACCUCAUCAACAUCACCACGACACACAGGGGCUCCUGAGGGAAAUAAGUCACUUUCAGCCUCCACUCCCGCAAGAGCUUCCACCCAUUUUUAUUGUGAUUUCCCUCUUUUAUACAGAGAAAUCAAAUCUAGGGUGGGGGAAAUGGGGGGCACAAUGGCUUUCAUUUGAUAGACAACUUGCUCAUGAACAUUAAUAGCUGUAAUGAAACAUCAGGACCAUGUCUGCCUCAGAGUGUUGGAUUAUAUGGCAAUCUGUGGCAUGUUGGUGGAGGUUGCCAGGCAAUCUCUCAACUGCUGCCUCGACUCCUCCACUUGCUAUUUUUCUCAUUUUCUGACAAUUUGAUUGGAGUUAUUGAUUGGAGUUAUAUUAUUUACUGGCAAAUAUAUUUCAAGACUGAUGAUUUAUCUUUUUCCAAAUGAAAGUGCAGCUGCCUGGUCUUGCUUGAGCCUAGAUAUUGUUCAGUGGGCCAUCACUACUUGUUAAUGUUAUCAGAUGUGAUUCAUGCCAUAGUUGAGGAAGGGACUUCCUUCUAGUCUAGAAAGCCAGACAAGAUAUAUUUCAAUUAGUGAAUCUUUACAAAAAGUUGAACGCAAUGUACUUACCUGGAGACAAUGUCAUAUUUCACACUAAGUUUAUUUUGUAUACAUUUGCAGUAGAGCUCUACAUGGCCUCGUAGGCCACACAUUAAACAACAUAUAACUUAUAAAGAUCGUAGAGCUUUCAUAAACACUACAUACGCUUCCUAAACUUUAAACUAUUCAUAACCAAAUAUUGUUGUGUUUUCCUCUAGAUGAGCUCUGUGAAGCUGCUGCGUUCGCGCCUCAACGGCAUCCUCUUCAAACUGACCUUCGAGGAGCAGGUGAACAACAUCCGGCCAGACAUCAUGAACGUGACGUUUGCCUGUGAGGAGGUGAAGAAGAGUGACAGCUUCAGCAAGCUGCUGGAGAUGGUGCUGCUGGUGGGCAACUACAUGAAUGCCGGCUCCCGGAACGCCCAGACCUUCGGCUUCAACAUCAGCUUCCUCUGCAAGGUAGGUGCUGCAAGGACUGCAUGAGUUCGACCUCGCCCCUUUCAGGCUUACUUUUGUCUCACUGUCUCUGUUUGUCUCUCUCUCUUUCUUUCCAAAUAAAUUUCAAAGGGGCUUUAUUGGCAUGGGAAACAUAUGUUUACAUUGCCAAAGCAAGUGAAAUAAACAAUAAACAAAUUGAACAACAUCAACAAAAAAACUAUUUAAAAUGAACAGUAAACAAUGCACUCAAAAAGAUAGACAUUUCAAGUGUUAUAUUAUCAGCUAUGUACAGUGUUUUAGCAAUGUGCAAAUAGUUGUAGUACGAAUAGUGUGAGAAGAUAAAUAAACAGAUAAAUAUUGGUGGUAUAUACAAUGUUGUUUGAGUGGUUCACUCAUUGCCCUUUUCUCCUGGCAAUGGGCCACAAAUAUUGCUGCUGUGAUUGCACAUUGUUGCUCUCUCUCUCUCUCUCUCUCUCUCUCUCUCUCUCUCUCUCUCUCUCUCUCUCUCUCUCUCUCUCUCUAUCUCUCUCUCUCUCUCUCUCUAUCUCUCUCUCUCUCUCUCUCUCUCUCUCUCUCUCUCUCUCUCUCUCUCUCUCUCUCUCUCUCUCUCUCUCUCUCUCUCUCUCUCUUACAUUGCCAAAUUAAAUAGAUAAUAAAGAAAAGUGAAACAGGUCACAAAUCUUGCUGCUGUGAUGGCACACUGGUAUUUCACCCAGUAGAUAUGGGAGUUUAUCCAAAUUGGAUUUGUUUUCAAAUUAUUUGUGGGUCUGUGUAAUCUGAGGGAAGUAGUUGUCUCUAAUAUGGUCAUACAUUUGGCAGGAAGUUAGGAAGUGCAGCUCAGUUUCCACUUCAUUUUGUGGGCAGUGUGCACAUAGCCGGUCUUCUCUUGAGAGCCAGGUCUGCCUACGGUGGCCUUUCUCAAUAGCAAGGCUAUACUCGCUGAGUCUGUACAUAGUCAAAUAUUUCCUUAAUGUUGGGUCAAUCACAGUGGUCAGGUAUUCUGCCACUGUGUACUCUCUGUUUAAGGCCAAAUAGCAUUCUAGUUUGCUCUGUUUUUUUUUUAAAUUCUUUCCAAUGUGUCAAGUAAUUAUCUUUUUUGUUUUCUUAUGAUUUGGUUGGGUCUAAUUGUGUUGCUGUCCUGGGGUUCUUUGGGCUCUGUUUGUGUUUGUGAACAGAGCCCCAGGACCAGCUUGCUAAGGGGUCUCUUCUCCAGGUUCAUCUAUCUGUAGGUGAUGGCUUUGUUAUGGAAGGUUUGGGAAUCACUUUAUUUUAGGUGGUUGUAAAAUGUAACGGCUUUUUUCUGGAUUUUGAUAAUUAGCGGGUAUCGGCCUAAUUCUGCUCAGUGUGCAUUAUUUGGAGUUUUACGUUGGAUUAGCAAACACAACGUGCCAUUGGAACACAGGACUGAUAGUUGCUGAUAAUGGGCCUCUGUACGCCUAUGUAGAUAUUUCAUUAAUAAUCAGCAGUUUCCAGCUACAAUAGCCAUUGACAACAUUAACAAUGUCUACACUGUAUUUCUGAUCAAUUUGAUGUUAUUUUGAUAGACACAUUUAUUUAUUUAUUUAUUUUUUAAACAAGGACAUUUCUAAGUGACCCCAAACUUUUGAAUGGUAGUCAAUGCUUGUUCUGAUAUUUCUUAAUUUCUUUCUUUUCACUUUUUGGAUGAUGUACCUAUUGUUUUGUAAUGCUAGGUAUUACUACUGCACUGUUGGAGCUAGAAAAACAAGCAUUUCACUGCACCAGUGAUAACAUCUGCAAAUCUGUGUAUGCAACCAAUAAACUUUAAUUAGAUUUCAUUGUCAUGGGGCAACUUCACGCUACACUUGCUGAUGGGUUUUGUGGUGCGUCCUUGCAAGACAUAAGUUACCCAAAUGGCCCUUAGGUAGAGAAACACAAUUUGACACAGACUAUGAAGUGAUCCCAUCCAUAUAUUCUCAGAUGUGA